AUGGACGAACACAAAAUUCUCCCAGCGAGUUUAUCUUUCCCAUUUAAGCGGACAUCGAUAAAAAGCGUCACAACAGCCAUGAGCAGCCAUUUGGAAGAAGAGUCUCUUAAGAGAAACCUCAGUAAUCUGCCCAAUCUUCCAGAUGGCCAGCGACUCGGCAUAUACAGUCUUUUUGCAGUAUAUACUUAACAUAAAUAAAUAAUAUUUUUUUUAUAUAAAUUUACCUGGGGGAAAAACUCAAUUGAUAAGGGUUCAUGCAAAUUCGAGUGACAUUAAUGUAAACAUACCAACAACUCUAAUCCGAAUAGACAAUGCAGCCUCACUUUACCUUCUAAAAACAGAUGAAAAUGGCACCAUCACCUCACGAGCCUGCAGUGACAAUGAUUUCUUCUAUCCUGAUCGAAAUACAAAAACCUCAAGGCGUGAUGUCUUUUUCUAUAAAACUUUAUACAGAGAAAGUAUCCUGCUUAACUCUCGCGAAAGCGCUGAGUUCUUCUGAAAGUCCUCAACAGACUGGCCAGCCAUGAUCCAAUGUUGCGUCCAGUGCAAAUCCAAGCCGACUUCUGUUACAAGAGCGAUUUGAAGGGCAGGUCUAAAAACCAAGUACUGCACCAUCAUAAACCGUCAACAAAUGAAGCACUCCAAAGGAGCUAAAAAGCCAGCGGCCUAUCAGAAGAAAAAAAGUCUGUCCAUUUUGGGAGAUUUCAAGUACACUAACAUGAUUCUCAAAACCUCAAGGUCAGUUAACAAUCCAUUCAAAGUCAAUAUGACAGCCCGUGCCAGCAUUUCUGAGAAGCCAAAACUCGAAAGGACACUGUCAAUGAAAAACCAAGAAUUCAGAAAUCCUGAUAGCCAGCAUGGGCUGAUUGUCAACACCAAAGCUCCAGAUAGCAUACUUGUGGUUGAGGAUCCUAUUAAGGCUGGAGACCUAGAUCCAAUUGUGGCAGAAAUCGUUGAUUUCUUGAAUAUCAACAUUUAUAAGAACCAGGAGCUAAAAGGGAUUGUGCUUGACUUUAUCCAUGAUAAAGACUAUAAAUGGUACCUGCUAGAUUGUAAAGAAAUUUCGACACACAACCGGUCUCCGUCUAUCAACAGCAUGCGAAAAGGCCAACCGCGUAGCAAAAUCAAUAAGUCAAGGCAAAGCUCAGAAGUGGAAACAGUCUCUACAAGCAGCAGAAAAAGCUCAGAAAGUUCUCCGCUAAAGUAUCGGUCAUCCCCGAUCGCUAUAAACAUUUCAGAAGAAAAACAAGCUUGCCCAUUCGUAAUAAGGUCUCCUAGACCGCCUCCAAGCCCAGCCAACAAGUCUACACAAGGAAUAGUGGAGCGCUGGAAUCGGGUGAACCAGAGGCUUGAGCAGAUCUUGAAUCUGAAGCCUUUUAAUGAAGUUGCAUGUGCAGAUAUCGAAGAACAAAGCAUCAAAUCAUACCAAACCCGGUAUUGCUUAAAGAACAUUGAUUUUGGGGAGCCAUCCAGCGGCAGUGACAAGUCUCCUCACCUUUCUCCUCCCACUUCUAAUGCAUUGUGGACUGAUGAAAACAAUGACCACAUCAAUCGAUGUUUUACUGAUGCUAUCGGCAGAAUUGAAGAAAUGAACAUGAACACUGAGCUUUUGAAGGUAAAAAAGCAAAACCUGGUAGGCAAGUAUGGAGGGGAUGAGUUCUGAAGCAACUUCACACAGAGCUUGUAUAAGAAAGUCAUGUCCACUGAGUGCCCACUACGAAGAUAUUUCACAAAAAACAACAUUGACAUGAUUUUGAAUGGGAUGAAUAAAGUCUUCAACGGAUGUGCCACGCUACAGUUUAGGAGGAAAAUCAAAGCUGCCCAUCAAAACUUGGGGAUUUUGGAAAAGGAUUUCAAUAUUUAUUCAGCACUUUUCGAAGACACUUUGAAUGAGUUUAAUAUUGAAACUGAAGAUAAAAGCAUGAUCAUGUCACAGAUCAGAUCAAUGAGAUGCCUAAUUUGCCAAGCUCCGAACCAAUAA